CCAGAGCAGCUGCAGCAGCACGAGGCCAGGGCCAGGAAACGCAGCAAAGGCGGAGCAGCAAGUGAAGGGUGGGCAGCCAGACAGAGCAGUGAGCGAGGCGAGCGAGCGAGAGAGAGAGAGAGUGGGCAGGAGGGGGCCAAGGCAAGGCUAGGCCAGGCCAGGCAAAGCAAAGCACAGGCAAGUUUCGCUCGCAGCGGAGAAGAGAGAAAGAGGAAGAGAAGGAGAGAGAGAGGGACAUAGCGACGAAGGCAGAGAGGAGGGAGGAGGAGAUCAGAGAGAAAGAGAGCGACGUACGAAGGAAGAGCGAGAGCAGAGGGAGGGAGGCAGGUCUCGGAGAGAGAGGGAGAGGGAGGAGGAGGAGGCCGAAACCUUUGGAACGGAUGCGAGAGCAAGUCUGUUGUUGUCGCUGAUCGGAACGCGCGGACAGGAGAAAUCCUCGACGAUACUCUCUCACGGCGAGAAUCUUCGAUCGAGAAAAGUACGAGCGGAAUCGGAGAGGACUGAGGCGAUUGGUUGUUGUUGUUGCGAGGGUUCGGGUUCGGAGUGACCGCGAACGCGAACGCGAACGCGCGCCCACUGCAGCAUCGAGCGAGGAGCGAGGAGGCAGAGGCGGAGGUGGUGGUUGCUAGGGUGAGCGGAGAGGAGAAAGAAGCGAAGGCGAACGAAGAAGUUGAGAUUGAGCGAGGAGAAGGAGGCAAUUCGAAGCGGAAGAGGGAAGAACAGUCAGUCGAGCUGGGGAUGGGGGUGGAUUACUACAACGUCCUCAAGGUACCUAAAAAUGCGUCGGAUGACGAUCUUAAGAAGGCGUACCGGAAGCUGGCGAUGAAAUGGCAUCCGGACAAGAACCCUAACAAUAAGAAGGACGCGGAGGCCAAAUUCAAGCAAAUAUCGGAAGCCUACGAGGUCCUGAGUGAUCCGCAAAAACGGGCAAUCUACGAUCAGUACGGAGAGGAAGGAUUGAAAGGCCAAGUGCCACCGCAGGGCGCUCAGCAGGCAGGUUAUUCCAAUGGAGGCACCACCAACACUUUCAGAUUUAAUCCCAGAAAUGCUGAAGACAUUUUUGCUGAGUUUUUCGGAGGUAGUCCUUUUGGCGGAAUGGGUGGCAUAUCGGGAAUAGGAAGCAGAAGCGGGCGAGGAAACUUUGGAGAUGGUAUGUUUGGCGGCUUUAAUACGACAGAAAACGUUUUCCGAUCUUUUGGUGAAGGUGCCCAGUCUUCAGGACCCCGCAAAGCCCCCCCUGUGGAGAACAAACUGCAAUGUACGCUAGAAGAGCUUUACAAUGGCUCUACCAGAAAGAUGAAGAUCUCGAGAAAUAUUGCUGAUCCUAGCGGAAAGACGAUGCCAGUGGAGGAGAUCUUGACGAUUGAAGUAAAGCCGGGAUGGAAGAAGGGUACCAAGAUCACCUUCCCGGAGAAGGGCAACGAGCAGCCUAACGUUGUCCCUGCCGACCUAGUAUUUGUGAUAGACGAGAGACCACACGAGAUUUUCAAGCGAGAUGGCAACGAUCUUAUCAUGACGCACAAAGUUUCCCUCAGCGAGGCACUUACAGGUUGUACAGUUAACUUGACAACUUUAGAUGGUAGGUUACUGAACAUCCCCAUCACGGAGGUGAUUAAUCCUGGUUACGAGAAGGUCGUGCAAAAAGAAGGGAUGCCGAUUGCGAAGGAGUCAGGGAAGAGAGGUAAUCUUAGGAUUAAGUUCGAAAUCAAGUUUCCCGCAAGACUUAGCCCUGAGCAGAAACAAGGCCUUAAGAGACUUUUGGGCGGGGCUGGCUAAAGCUAGCACACUCUGUCUUCCAAGCAGGAGGGAAACUGCACACGUAGCAACUGCCAGGUGCAGACCUAUACAUACAUCAGAAAUCAAAGCCACACUGUUCAUAGUUUAAGCAAAGGACUCAGGACUCAACCAGCUUGAAGCUCUGGCAACUCCCAAAUAUUUUCCAAUCCUUUCGACUCAAGCACCUGGGAAGGUCCAAGGGCCUCUUCACUAAAACUUUUGUCUUGUGUAGUAUUGUCCUUGUUCCAUUUCUUGUUCCACGGCUGGUACAGAGGCUGAUGUCGUCCGGCCAUUUAUUCCGGAGCAGCUGUUAUCAGCCUGAGCUGUUACAUUUCAUCUUCUUGGAUGAAAUAUUUGUUAUGGGUAAUUGUUUAAUGCGUGGUUGUUUCAGUGUGUCAUGACUGUAUCUGCAGUGUUAGGGAAACUGAUCCUAUUACAUCUGUGCGUGACAUACGAACUUUGUAUUUGCACUCAAGAAAUGACAAGGACGGUAACAUUAUCCUUUAUGUAUAUGUUCCUCCCUGGUUUUGAAUACGGAAGUGUCAUCCGUUCACUAUGGGUUUUGAAUUUAGUUUCUGGUCCUGUGCACUUCAUUACUGGGAUGUGAAUCUCUUGUGAAAAUUCAAGUCUCACGCAUACAUCGGACGUGGGUAGAAUGUUCGGGAGGAAGGUACGUCUUUCUUUCAAAAUUAAGUUCUUUCGAUUUGGUGGGUUGUUACUGUUCGUUUAUAUCGGUUUUACUUUUGGAAUUUGAAGC